CGAAGCGCAUUUAUCCAGAGUGUACUUUCACAGAAAUGAUAAAGAGAUGCUGUAAAAUCGUCAAACUGUUUUUUUGUUCGUAAAGUAUAAAAAAAUUAAUGCUGCAAACCAGCGAAUCAAUCUUUAAAUAUGAACCGUUGUGUAGUUCUUCUUUUGCACUUAUUACUAGAACACACUUGCUAAAAGUAAUCUUUUUAGCUUAGGUUUUGCUACUACAAUUACGUAUUUUCUUAUGCUAAAAUAUGGUGUUACUUUAUAAAAAUAUUUAACUUCUCAAUCAACAUACAGAAUAAAAUUUAUAAACAUGCUUUUAUCUUGGCCAAUUAUAAAGAAGUAAAACAUUCUAAGACUUCAGAAAUUACAAAAUUCAACAUGAAAGAAAAUAAUUUGAAUGUGUGAGGUAGAAAAAAAAAGAAAAGGAAAGUCACGAAGAUGAAAAUACACAGGAUGGCCUUGGACUUCAACUAUGAUGUUGGCGAGGAUGAAGAAAUGCUUGAUGAAAAGUUCUUGGUUGAAGCUGCAGCAAUUGGAGAUUUUGAAAAAGUUUUCAGACUGCUAAAGGCAGGUAUAUCUGUUGACGCAGAAGAAUAUAAUAAAGUUCUCUUCUAUGCUUCCAAAAAUUACAUGACACCUCUGCAGUUGGCGGCUGAAAAAGGACAUUCUAAAUGUGUCGACCUUCUGAUUGCAUAUGGCGCUGAUGUCAAUGCUAGAAAUAGAUUUGAUGUCACUGCCCUGCACAUGGCAGCAGAGAAAGGCCAUUACAGCUGUCUCAAGUCCUUGCUUGAAGCAAAUGCUGAAUGCUCCCUACCCACCAAAUUCUCCAAAACUGGUAGCUAUACUGCUGUUCCUCAUCUUGGGGGAACUACUCCGCUCCACCUGGCUGCCGAUAAUAAUCACAUUGACUGUGUUAGAGAGCUGAUUCAGUAUGGAGCCGAUUAUAAUGCAGUGGAUGAGCGUGGGCGUACCAGUUUAUACAUAGCUGCCAAGUGGGGUUACGGCGAUUGCAUUCUUGCCCAUUUGAAGAAUGCUGUUGGUCGAGAUAUUCUGUCACUGCCCAGCUUCGAAACCUCCGACACGCCAUUGCAUUUCGCUGUCAGUCGUGGUCUCGUGGAAUGUGUCAGUGAGUUGUUGAAAUUUGGAUCUGACGUCAACCACAUGAAUUAUGCUGGAAAUUCCCCGUUGCAUCUGGCAGUGACCCCUCUCAACGAGAAUGAAUCGGUCAGUCUGGAUAUACUGAAGAUGCUCAUUUUGGAAGGUUACAACGUGGACAUUAAUCAGCAAGACGGUUCUGAUUUGACGCCCUUGCAUUUUGUCUGUUUCAAUGGAAGGAAUUGUCUGCGAAGGCGUCCAGAAAUGGCAAAAUUCUUGAUAGCCUACGGAGCAAAUGUCGAUAUCAGGAAUAAUCGUGGCUUCACGCUUUUGGAAUGGGAGUUGAAGUUAAACGAUGAUCUUGAAAUUUUGAGAUACAUUGUGAGAAGUAUGCUCCAUCUUCCCCGUUUAGGAAAGCUGAGAAUAUCCCCCCAACUGCCUUAUCAUCCGCAUGAAGUCUAUCGCCAUAUUCCAUCUUGUGAACUUGGGGUAGCUGCAGCCUAUGACAUUUCAGAAGCAUUUCAAUCUGCCUAUAUAACUAUGGAAGCAGAGACUAAAGAACAUAUAGAAUCAAAUGCUGCAAGUAAUAAACAUGUAUGGUAUGAAACACUAGCUUGCAAUCCUAGAACACUGCAGCAUAAUUGCCGAUUUACCAUACGCAAGGCAUUAGGAUCCAAAUCCAUGAAGUACAUACAUCAACUUCCGCUUCCUUCCAAACUAAAAUCGUAUUUGUUAUUAGAAUAUGGUGAUUAGAUAUUGUUUUUUACUUAUCUAAAUGCUUCAGAUUUAUAGAAAAAAUGUGUUCUAAAUAUUUUUUUUUAUUUUGAUUUGGAGAAACCAAAAUUUCUCCUAUGAAAGAGUCUAGAAAUUCAUUUAUAUUUUAAAAAAAUAUUUAUUUUAGGCUUUCUAUAUUGUCAUUGUUUUGCUCUGGUUCCGUUGUUAUAAUCUAAAUUUGCUUGUUAUUUCUUAAAAAUAAACAAUAAAAAUAUGUCCAACUUCAAAAA